UACACUUCACACACUGCAGGACAAGAAGAGAUCCUCUUUUAUAUAUUCUUCGCCUUUGAAGUUUGUAUUGUAUUUCAGAAAGUCUGCCAAGAAGAAACACUUACAUUAUGUCUCCAAAAUCCCCCCAAAAAGUUGAUGAAUUGUCAUUUUUUUUUAUUUAUAACCAUGUAAAGAUAUUUCACAAAAGAAAAGGAAGAAACAAACAACAACAAAGCAUGGAGACCAAGUGGGAUUUACAUUUCUUAGUCCGUUAUGUUUAUGUCCUCAGAUUUAUCCAGAUCCAGAUGUGAUAGCGUCUUUGUUGCUUGCAGUGAAGGUGAUCGAUUUCUCCCAUUUUCUGGGGAAAUGUCUGUCUAUUGUCAAGGACCAUUUUAUACCAGUUGUUAGUUUAUUUCCUCUUUGUAGGCAACCAGUACAGUUUCACAGAAUAAGGUCGCCUCUUAAUACUUCUCCCUCUCUUAUCACAUCAAGAUAAAAAUAUCUUGCUGUCCUUAAGACCUUGUUUCCUAAACUGUCAUAUUUUUCCACCCAAAGUAUGUUAAUCUUCUGAUGACCAGAGGAUGUGGGAAUGAUUGCCAUCCAUGUUUAUCUUUAAUGUGAGGUGAUGAAAAAGAUGAAAUUGCAGUCUUCUUGUUGUUGUCACUUAACUUCAUCUGUUAAAGGUGUUUCUAUAAAGCAUCCUAUAUAAAUCUAAUAAUAGCAGGCUAUGCAGAAACAUUUUAUGAGGUGUAUUAUAGAUGCUCAGACACACCACUAUGUGGACAAGGACACUUCUGUCUGUUGAUUCCUAUAAAUAUAGAAAUAUGGAGACAUAAUUGGAUAUGCAUUUUUCUUUUUUCUUUAAGGGACUUUGAAAGCAUCAGAGAGUUUGACUUGCAAGCCCUCUUUAAUGGUUCAGUGUGAAAUUGAUUGAGCAUUAGGUUCAGUGUGUACAGACUGUCACUUGUUGGGCUGAACGCCUCGCUGAGGGCUGACAGACUCGUAGGCUACACGUGAUGGUCGGUGCGCGUCACCGAAGCGCUGUCGCUCGCCUGGAGACUGAAGCAGGGCUGACUGACACUAUCUGAGCGUGCCAAGUAAAGGGAAAGCAAAACAUGGCUGGUUUAAUGGCAGGUUUUGGUCAUUACACCCACGCCGUCGUCCGGGGAAUCCCUGCGUCCCUGGCUAAAGAAGCGCUCCGGAGCAGCCAGUCGGAGGUGGACCUGGCCAAGGCGCGGAGGGAGCACGAGGCUUACGUCGAGGUCCUGAGGACGCGGGUCGGGCUGGAGGUGGUCGAGCUCCCCGCGGACGAGUCGCUCCCGGACUGCGUGUUCGUGGAGGACGCGGCGGUGGUGUGCGGUGACACGGCGCUCAUCACCAGACCCGGGGCAGAGAGCAGGAGGAGAGAGGUGGAGGCAAUGACAGGGGCUCUGAAGGAGUUGAAUAUGAACAUUGUGGAAAUGACUGAUGAGAACGCCACACUGGAUGGAGGAGAUGUCCUUUUUACAGGUCGAGAGUUCUUCGUGGGCCUUUCCAAAAGGACCAAUCAGAGAGGAGCAGAGAUCCUUGCAGAUGCCUUUAAGGACUACGCUGUGUCUACUGUGCCUGUGUUAGAAGGUCUGCACCUGAAGAGCUUCUGCAGCAUGGGAGGACCAGGCCUUAUUGUCAUCGGGUCCAGUGAACCAGCUCAAAAAGCCCUCAAAAUCAUGCAACAAAUGAGUGACCAUCGCUACGACAAACUGACUGUGCCUGAUGACCACGCUGCCAACUGCAUCUACAUGAACCUGCCCAAUAAGGGACAUGUGCUUCUGCACUGCACAGCAGAGGAGUUUCCAGAAAGUACAAAGAUGUUCGAGAAGCUGAAGGACCACAUGCUGAUCCCUGUGUCCAACAUGGAGAAGAUCAAAGUGGAUGGAGCCCUCACAUGCUGCUCUGUGCUCAUCAACAAGAAGGCCAACAUCUGAGCAUGCUCACCAGUGAGUCUCUCCUAGUGAGAGUGUAUGUGUAUGAGUGUACCCAAGCGGAGCCUGUACCCAAUCACAAAGGACCCCAAACGUUUAGUGAAUAAUCUUGGUAUAUUGAAAAGGGAUAGGCUGGUUUAGUAAAUAAUAUAUUAAUUGGAGGCAGUCAUCUAUUCUUCCUUUACUCCUCAAAACACUCAAAUUACUUUAAAAUGUCUUGAAAAUGUAUGAAUAGUUGAGUUGACACAAAACAGAAUUAGUUUCAGAUUAUCUAUGUUUCUUGAGUUGCAUUGGAGCAAAGACGAUCCUGAAGUGCAGAUAAAUUGAGACUUUAGGGGUUAUAGUAUAAGAGUUAGGACAUAAUGUUGUAGUUUUUUUUUCCUUUCCCUUUAAUAUUUUCUAUAAAAAGCAGAAAACAAAGCAAAAGAACAAGCUGUUAACCUUUGAUGAUGGGUCAUGAAUUCUCCCCAUGUUAAGCCAUAUAUGUUUUUUCUACUUAUUUGCUCCUUUACAACUAAUCUAAGAACUGCUAAGAUAACACUUAUUUCUUUGAUGAAGAAAGAUCUGAUCCUGAAGAUCCCCUCUAAUGUCCAUUUGUAGACAAAUCCUUGUGCUUGUAAUUUGAUGUUUACAAUCUUUUAACAGAACCACACAGAACCGAGCACUGGACCAACAAAAACAGAUGGAUCUGUUUGAUCAAUAGUUUUUGUUGCCAGUGAGGUACAGUUGUACAAGUAUUGCACUUCAGAUUUAUGAAUUACAUAACUAACAGACAUCUACAGUCAUAAAUGUAAACAGUUGGUAGAUACUGUUUACAUUCGCCAUCUUAACUGUGAAUUAAUUUUAAACAUGCUUGGCUAUGUAAUAGGAAUGGUACUUAGUUUGGAAUUCAUUUUUCAAGAACUGUAUUUGUGAGUAAGAUUUAGGACACAGAGCCUGCUUUUACUGUAAUAUGAAAACCUCAAUUUCAUUGUUUCAAUUUAGCUGUUUUUAAACAUAUAUGCUAAAUAGCUAUUGUCUUUUUACAAUUGGUGCUGAGUAAAUUUCAUGAACACAUAUUAUUUCAAAACCACUAACACACAAUUAGUGUAUUUUUUAAUUCAUGACCAUCUAUCUGACCAUUAGGAUGUUUUUAUUUCUCACUCUGGAAAUGCAAUUCUUGAAAAACCCUUUGGAGAUAUGAGCUCCUUGUGUGAUCGCAGUGUUAUGAUUGUUUUUUGUGAUUUAUUAUGAUUUUGUGAUUGGUAUUGAAAGUACUGCCAUUGAGACCUGAGGUGCUCUUACCUUUCAUAACUAUUGCUAACUAAUCAUCUACCAUCCAUCAUACAGUACUGGAGACAAUUUUUGACUGAUGCUCAAUAAUUGCCACCAGCUUGAGAAGCUAAAAUUAACCUGUUAAUUGAUGCUACAAUGAUAAUCUGUGGCCAUUUUGUUAAAGCAAAUUUGCAUCCCUCCUGGUUAGCAUUUGUUUAGAUUCAUGUUAGGAUGCAAAUUUGACAAAAACAAAGUGGAGACAACUGAUUAAUAAGCUGUGCCAACCCCGCAGAUGACAGAUAAAAGCUGUCUGUGGGGGAAAUCUAUGUUUUCAUAAUUGAAAGAUGAACACUGCAGUUCCUUUAAUGUACGAUGCCUCUAUGGAAAACCAAUGACCUUACUACUGCUGUAUGAUGUCUAAAGGCUCUGUAGUUUUCCUCACUUUGGUUCUGCCUAUGCUUUGUAUUACACUGGAGUUUUUCCCCCCUGUCUGGCAGUUUCUACUGCAAAACUGUCAAAGAGCAUGCUGUGAAAAUGAUGUUUGUUCCACUAAAUCCAGUAGCACCAAAUGUGACUGCGGUGAGAGUUUGCACAGUGUGGAGAACAAGCUAACUUCCCUCAUUUGGUGUGUGUUUCCAUGUGUGUUCAUGAUGUUUAGCUGCCAGCAGGAGUUUAAAGGUUGUGGAUGAGCUCUGUUUUAGUGGCCUUAUCACUGUUGCUGCUGAAUUCAUGUUUAAGGCCUGUAGAUGUGACAUCCAUAAACAUGUACACUGUGCAUUCGUUAUAUACUGUACAUGUUAAAGCCCAUCAUGUCUGAAACUGUGUUGUUUCUCAGUGUGAUUGUAAGUGAAAGUUGGGGAAAUGACAUCAGGAGGUGAUUCAACCUCCCUCAAUAGACAUUUGCGUAUGGGCAAGCGGGCAGUGAUGAAACAUGGAAAGAAUUCCUGUUGGGAGGAGAGGCUUGUACGCUAGUAAACACUGACUCUUAAACUUUCUCUGUCUUUCUCUCGACUGUCUUACUUGCUGUCUCCCACCCUUUGCUAUUGCCUCAUAGACAAUUCUGGACUAAUUUAUGGUCAUGAUAUCAUACAGUCUGGCAAACACUGUGGAUGUGAUGGCCUGCCGUUAAAGUGUGACACUAGUAGUAUAUUUUACAGGAGGCGGCUGGCUGGAUGCAGGGUGAUCGCAUAGUUGCAGAACAUCCAGUUCUCAUUCUCACGCAGUUGCUGCAGAAACGUGAGCCAGGCAGGACUAUUCAGUCUCUGUCUGGUCAGUGUGUCAACCUUUUGGUUUUAGGGAAGCAUAGUCAUUUUACCCAAAACUGACAUCCACCCAUCUAGCAGGGUUUUGAAUCACCCUUUGGUUGUUCAGCUCUGAAAACAGUCUUUUCCCACUCUUUUCCCAUUCUUUGUUGAGGGCUUCCACUAAUCCUUUUACUAAUCUGCUCACUCAUUCCAGUAGUCAUGAUGUUGUGAUUGCCCAUGUUCCAACUCAGGUCUCUUGGUUUUCAUACAAGUUGUGAGUAAUACUUAUUUUAGUCAUCUGAAAAACGAGCCUUUCGUCUACUUUAUGUAAUAAAGUAACAUCUACCAUCUAA